CGCCUGCCUCCCGCCUGCCUGCGCCGCCUUCCUCCGCCGCUCUCCCCAAGGCAGCCCAUGGCCGGACCCUGCUCGGCGCGGCUGCAGGGCGAAGCGGCCACCUUCGCUGCUGCCCUUCGCACUCUGGUCAACAACCCCCAGUUCAGUGACGUGACAUUCGUGGUGGGCCGGGAGCAGCAGAAGGUUUUUGCGCACCGCUGCGUGUUGGCGUGCCGCUGCCAGGCUUUCCGGGGGAUGCUCAGCCAGGGGCCAGUGGGCAGCGAGGACUCUCCCAGCAGCAUCCCACCCCAGGGCCCCUUCAUCCUGGGCAACGUGCAGCCCGAGGUCUUCCUGGCCGUCAUUGAAUUCCUCUACACCAACAGCGUCACCCUCAACAGCCACAUCGUACUAGAGGUGCUGACCUCAUCAGUGGAGUACGGCCUGCAGGACCUGUGCAAGCUCUGUGUCAAGUUCAUCAAGGACACGCUGACUGUGGAGCAGGUCUGCGAGGCCCUGCAGGUGAGGGUGAUCCCAAUGGGGUCACAGAGGGUUAAAAGUAGUCCAUCUGAUUUUGGGGCAGGAGCUGGCCUGAUCCUCCUGAUUGGG